AUGCGCGGUAAAGAAACAAUGAAUACGUCAUUGGGAUGGGCAAGAGAAUACGGACCAACAACUCGGAUUAAGGUACCAGACACUGAAAUUGACAUUGGAAAAAUAGAUUGUCAGCUGAGCAGCAUCAAUAAUAAUUAUCAGAAAAUUCCUAAUUUAAAUCUGACUAAUUUAGACCCUAAUUUAGUGUCUCAGAAUGGUUUGAAUUAUUGGAAUCACAAUAUAGCCCCGUAUGAUGGGCUAUCAUUAUUGGAAUACGCUCCUCAGUGGGCGCUUCCAUCGACUCACUCUCAAUGGGAUCAUCAAGAAAACCCUCUUCUAGCAUACAACAGUGCAUACGUACCGUGGAGCUUGAAUAAAAAUACCAUAAAUAUUCCUAAAGAAUUAAACACGUGGUAUUUGGCGAGCAAAGAUUCACACACGGCAAUUGAACUCGCUGAACCGAUUGUUGAGUUAACACCACCGAAGAAUACAGUACAAAAUCAGCCGGUUGACUUGUCAGUACGUUCGGUUAAAAACAAUCUCUGCCUCGAAGACUGUAAGACGAAAUUAAGUCAGAAAGACUUGAAGGAUAAUUCAGUAUCUAAGUGUGAAGCUAAAGAAUUACUGUCACCUAUUAAAAAAUACCAUUCCAAAGAAGAAAUAAACUUUGUAUUACCUAGUAGUAAAAUAAAAACACAAAAGUGUGAUUUAUAUUCACCGACAAUCUGCUCCAAAGAGUCGAGCGGAACUUUCUGGCCUACGAAGAAGUUGGAUGUAGAUUGUGAUUUAAAAGCCGAGCAAGUAGAAAAUCAGGGAAAAAGUCUGAAUCUGUUAUCACAAAAUAUUUGGGAGGAUUUCGCGAUGUCUGGACAGUACCCCGGACACAGUAGGCCGCCAGUUGGCACUCCACCGCCACAGGCAGUCUGGAAUCACUUGACAAUGACUCAAGGCUCUGGACUUAAUCUUCAUCCAACAGCGUUGUCAGGCGCGACGUUAAAUCCAGCUGGAUUUUACACCCACCCGUCAAUGGCAAGAACAUCUCACUUGUCGUCUCAAUUGACUCCCCAGCUGGCUCACACUCAGGCACCACCCACGUGGCACACACCCACGGUGCCUUCAAAAAAUGUCACUUCUAAUGCGCCCGGUAAUCCGCUAUUUAGUUUACAAAUGCUUGUUGACAAUAGACAAAAUCAAAAUCAGUAUCGCAGCUCACCUGGCUCUCAGAGUACUCUAGAUUUAUCAGCUACGUCUGAGAUGGCAGAAAAUUACUCGAGAAUGACUCAGGAAAUACCUAUAAGUCUGACUGCACGUAGUGUAGAUAAAGGCAGCCGUAAUGGUAAUAUUAUAUCACCCCCAAUUCCGUUGAACGGUGAAACGUCAUCUGACAGUGGGAUAAGUUCCUCCGUACCGACGCCAAAUUCCCUUGGAGAUCCUUUAACAUUAUCGUUAUCAACCAAGGACCAACUUUUGACCACUCCCAAGAUAACUGUUAAGAAUUUUGAGAGUAAUCUCAAAGGCGUGGCUAAUCUUCAUGAUAAAAUAAAGGAGCUGACUGGUGGUGUUGAUAAUUUUACUCAGAAAAUGAUUAAUUUACCGCCUAGCGUUACUAUCGAGAGAGUACUGCCGGAUAAAAAAGACACUGAACCAGUUAAAGUUAAAGACUCGCUUAGUGUUAUUGCACAGGGGCCGCGCAGUGUACUGCCUGUUAUAGUAAAUCUUACUUCAAGGUUAGAUAAAGACGUGACAGACAGCCCAAAGCGCGAGCCUUCGUCUGAGCGAGAUCGUAAAAUUGAUGAAAUGAAUGUUAGAUCUCCGAAGAAUCUUCCUAAGAGGGGUAAAAAAGGCGUCGAUUCCUUACUGGAAAAACUCGAAGGUGGAAACAAGAAACUGGGUAAUACCGAGAAUAUUGGAUCUGUUAUUGUAACUCCAGUUGAGGAAAUUAAAGACACUUGCAGUGUAAAAAGUAUGUCUCCAGAAAGGCAAAAAUCUAAAUCUCCGACAAGAGAGGAAGAUGUUGUGUCUCCGGAGUUCAGCAAUGAUGAUUCUAAUGACAAUAUGAAGCAACGACGGAAACGAAAGCUUGAGAAACCUGUAAGGUUGAGCAAAGACUCGAAAAUGGAAGUCGAAGACAUGGAGCUCGAGCCUACGGAACCUAGAGAACCGAGGAUAUGUGAGACAGUCCGUGAAGAACUUGAGGAGGCAACUUCUCCCCCAGUCCCAGUAAUCCCUCCACAAAAAGAUGAAGUUAGAUUAGAGAAGAGAUUAGAGCAGGCUAAAACGAAUGAAGAAAUAAUAAAUCCGGUGACAAAAGCUAAUCAGGAUAAUAAGAUUGAAGAGAAUGAACCUGUGAGAAGGCGGAGCAGCAGUGAAGGCUCUUCCUCGACGACUAAUCCCGCGCCGACGAAUAAUCAGCGAGUUAGGAGAAAAUCCAGCGAUGAUAUUAGUGAGUUCUCGAAAAUAACCAGUCCUAAGGGAGUUAAUAAUGCGAUACAGUUUAAUGAGGUUGAAUCUGAGCUUGAAAAAAUGUUUGCUGGGAUUGUUGAGACGGAUACUGAUGUAAAAAAGGAGCAGAAAGUUGAUGGGACGACGGCUACUGCUGCAACAACAACAACAACAACAACAACAACAACUAGUUCUACGACAACGACGACUAAAAUAGACGCUAAUGCAGAGUUGGAUCCUUUGAAACAAGAGACUGGUGAUGAUAUUAAAGCGGAGAGUAUAGACACUCUCAAUAGUACUAAUCCUACGGAUGUUACUUCUACGGUGGGAACUAAACCGCCGGCGAAGAAGGGAAAGAAGGGCAGAGUGAGGGCGAAAAAACGAAAAGCUUCGAGAGCUCCGCCGGAAAAUAUGUUCGGGCCUCAUGUUGUUGAGGAUAUUGGGUUGAGAGAUGCCAAACGGAGGAAACAAUCGAAGGGAUUGAAGAAAAAGUUUGAGGUGGGGAAGAAAAAGAGACCUGAUGGUUUGAGAGAAAUUGCUUAUGAUUCCGGGUCCAAUGCUAGCUCGAUAAGAUCUAGAGGUCCUGUGGUUCAUGUCGAGGGCCCCAGAGACAGUCCUCUGAGUGUUCAGGUUGUUAAUGCGCCGAGAGAAGAGGAAGAGGAGAAGAACAAAGAGAAACGGAAGAGUGUUGGAAAUGGAAAUGUUGGACGGAGACCUCAUUAUGUCGUCCCUGGGGAUCCUUCUCGGCCGCAUCCUAAUUUAGCCGGGCCCCAUAUAGCCCCUGGAACUUACACGGUACCCGCGGGAGUGCUCAGCGAUCUCUUUGGUCCUUAUUUAAUUGGGAAAGAGCGACUUGAAGAGAGCAUUCUGUCUGCAGAUGAGCAAGAAAUAACGACUGAACAAAAGAAAGGAGGGAAGAAUAAACGUAGCUUAAGGUACGCUGGUCUAGCGGAUAUGUUUUCCGCUAAAAUGGGAAAAAAGAAGAGAAAUUCCGUUGAAGCCAUCACCCCGGCAGUGUUCACGGGGAUGACGCUUAUUCCCGGCGAUGAACAGCGCUGGGAAGUCUGGCUUCAUGAGCAGUGCGCUGUCUGGGCUGCUGGAGUUUACCUAGCUGGUGGACGAGUCACUGGACUCCAGGAAGCUGUCUGGGACGCGACAAAGUCUAUUUGCAACGCUUGCGGAAUGACUGGAGCUAAUAUUGGUUGUGUUAAGCGAGGCUGUAAGGAUGUUACACAUUAUCCUUGUGCUUUGUCUAAAGGCUGGCAUCUUGAUAACAUGCAAUACAUCCCCAAGUGCAGCCUACACAGAGUAACGUGA